CUGUGGGCAGCUCCCAUAUAGAAAUAAUGUAGUGUAUUCUUGCUGAGGGGCAAGCUUUAAGACGACCCUAGGAGAAACUCAUGAAGAGGAGGAUGAGAUCCUUCCACGCAAAGACUAUGAGAGCUUGGAUUAUGAUCGCUGUAUCAAUGACCCAUACUUGGAAGUUUUGGAGAGCAUGGACAACAAGAAAGCUCAGAGAUACGAAGCAGUGAAGUGGGUGAUGGUUUUUGCUAUUGGAGUCUGCACAGGACUGGUGGGCCUCUUUGUGGAUUUCUUCGUACGGCUCUUUACCCAGCUCAAGCUCCGGGUGGUACAAAGCUCGGUGGAAGAAUGCACUGAGAAAGGCUGUCUUGCCUUGUCCUUGCUGGAGCUACUGGGGUUCAACCUGACCUUUGUUUUUCUUGCCAGCCUUCUGGUCCUGAUCCAACCUGUAGCAGCUGGAUCAGGAAUUCCUGAAAUUAAGUGCUACCUCAACGGAGUAAAGGUUCCAGGGGUUGUGCGUCUCCGGACAGUGGUGUGCAAAGCUAUGGGAGUGCUCUUCAGUGUGGCAGGAGGUCUUUUUGUCGGGAAGGAGGGUCCAAUGAUUCACAGUGGUGCUGUCGUGGGUGCGGGUUUGCCACAGUUCCAGAGCAUCUCUUUGAGGAAGAUCCAAUUUAACUUUCCCUAUUUCCGCAGUGACAGGGAUAAAAGGGAUUUUGUAUCUGCUGGAGCUGCUGCAGGGGUUGCAGCUGCCUUUGGGGCCCCAAUUGGGGGCACUCUUUUCAGCUUGGAAGAAGGUUCCUCCUUCUGGAACCAGGGACUUACAUGGAAAGUGCUUUUCUGUUCCAUGGCUGCCACCUUCACCCUGAAUUUUUUCCGCUCUGGGAUUCAGUUUGGAAGUUGGGGGUCUUUCCAGCUCCCUGGGCUGCUGAACUUUGGGGAGUUUAAGUGUUCCGAGUCUGAUAAGAAAUGCCACCUCUGGACAGCUGUGGACUUGGGCUUCUUCAUUCUGAUGGGAAUUGUAGGAGGCCUUCUUGGAGCCACCUUCAACUGCCUGAACAAGAGACUUGCAAAGUACCGGAUGCGGAACGUGCAUCCCAAGCCAAAGCUGGUCAGGGUCUUGGAGAGCCUGCUGGUGUCGUUGACUACCACGGUUGUGGUCUUUGUAGCCUCCAUGGUUCUGGGGGAGUGCCGGCAGAUGUCUUCCACCAGUCAUAGUGGCAAUGACACUCUGACCCUGCAGGGUAUGUCAGAGGACGUGAAUUCAAGCAUCAAAACUUUUUUCUGCCCAAAUGAAACCUACAAUGACAUGGCCACACUCUUCUUCAACCCUCAGGAGUCAGCCAUCUUGCAGCUCUUCCACCAGGACGGUACUUUCAGCCCAGUCACACUGUCCUUGUUCUUCCUUCUCUAUUUCUUACUCUCCUGCUGGACAUACGGGAUCUCCGUGCCCAGUGGUCUUUUUGUGCCAUCACUGCUUUGUGGGGCUGCCUUCGGACGCCUGGUCGCCAACCUCCUCAAAAGCUACAUUGGCCUGGAUCACAUCUACUCAGGAACCUUUGCACUGAUUGGGGCAGCAGCAUUCCUGGGAGGAGUGGUCCGCAUGACAAUUAGUCUGACCGUCAUCCUAAUUGAAUCCACCAACGAGAUCACCUAUGGGCUCCCAAUAAUGAUCACCCUCAUGGUAGCCAAAUGGACAGGAGACUUUUUCAACAAAGGCAUCUAUGAUAUCCAUGUGAACCUGCGAGGAGUGCCUCUUCUGGAGUGGGAAACAGAGGUGGAAAUGGAUAAGCUACGAGCCAGUGACAUCAUGGAACCCAACCUGACAUAUGUAUACCCACACACCAGGAUCCAGUCUCUUGUUAGCAUCCUGCGCACAACUGUCCAUCAUGCCUUCCCUGUAGUGACUGAGAACCGGGGCAAUGAGAGGGAGUUCAUGAAGGGAAAUCAACUGAUAAGUAACAACAUCAAAUUCAAGAAAUCUAGCAUCCUCACCCGAGCUGGAGAGCAGCGCAAGCGUAGUCAGUCCAUGAAAUCCUACCCUUCAAGUGAAUUGCGUAACAUGUGUGACGAGCACAUAGCAACAGAGGAGCCACCAGAAAAGGAGGAUCUGCUGCAACAGAUGCUAGAGAGAAGAUAUACUCCCUACCCCAACCUGUACCCUGACCAGUCUCCCAGUGAAGAGUGGACCAUGGAGGAACGCUUCAGACCUUUGACAUUCCACGGCUUGAUCUUGCGCUCACAACUCGUCACCCUCCUUGUCAGAGGUGUUUGUUACUCUGAGAGCCAGUCGAGUGCAAGUCAGCCUCGUCUGUCCCAUGCAGAGAUGUCAGAGGAUUAUCCCCGCUAUCCAGACAUCCAUGACCUGGACCUCACGUUGCUGAACCCUCGCAUGAUAGUGGAUGUCACCCCAUACAUGAACCCAUCGCCCUUUGCUGUCUCUCCAAACACUCAUGUGUCACAAGUCUUCAACCUGUUUAGGACAAUGGGACUCAGACAUUUACCAGUUGUGAACGCAGUUGGAGAGAUUGUUGGGAUAAUCACUCGGCACAACCUGACCCACGAGUUUCUGCAGGCAAGACUGAGACAACACUAUCAGACCAUUUGAUGCCCCUGCCCACCCUGCCCCGCUGUCGGUGUGGCUACCUCCCUCUUCCAAGCCUGCACACGCGCUCGCAUUCUGCUUGGACCCCACAAGGCCCAAGACUUGCCAUUUGGCUUCACAUGCAUAUCAAGCCUGGGGAGCUGGAAAACAUCUUGCUAGCCAGAGAAUUAGAGGAGCUGCUUGAGCCCAGAGCUGUUGAUGGGUCUCAGGCAUUUGGUUUGACCACUCUUGAUGCAGGUUUUCUCUUUUCCUGUGCCCCAGUUAUCUCCUUUCAUCACACGUUGUCCUGACAUUGUAUGUUCUGCUAUUUUAUUUUGGUUUGGGUUUUUUUAAGGGUUGGAAAACAGAACCAUCUAGCUCCAUUGUGUCCUGUGCAGAGAACUGCAGCAUCUUUCCCCUGUCCUCCUGUAUGUCUCCCUUUUUCUCUUCCUCACUUGUUCCUGCAACUGUUGCCUUAUUUGUGUGAGAAGGGGGUCGCUGUCAAGGCUGAGAGGAGACACUGAAGUUUGCAGUUAUAAAAUAGCUGCUCUGGAAGAUGUCUUUUCUCAAAAGCAGUAUUAAAAAACCCAACUCUGGAAAUACACCUCUCUGCGGGUGCUCCCAGUUGCCAAUGUUUUUCCACUCUGGCUUCAUUUGUUACUAAUUUCUCUCCUUCUUUCAUGGGGAAGCAUCCCUGCUGUGAUGUUUUUGACAGCAGCUGACUUGAGAGCAGCUUGGUAAAUCAGGAGUUCAAAACAGUUCAAUUCCAGUUACUGUUUGGGGUUAUAAAUAUUUAAUACAUUUGCAGAGCAUCUCAGAGAAGGGAGAUCUCUCCCCACCCCCACCCCACCCCUAGCUGUUGCUAUUAUCUCCCUGUAAGAGACUCUUCUAAGGCACUUUGUGGCACUCCACUUUGUCACUACCCUGACACUCCUGCAUUUCUUGGCAUUUGUAGGCACUUUGUCCUUGUACUGAUCCAACAGUGAGAGCCUGGGACACCUUUCCAUCUAGGCUUAGAGACCAGGGAACCCCCAUCCUUGGGGCCUGAUGAGGUGUUGCUUUCUGGAGGCAGAUAGAACUGAUGCCCUCUCUCCAGGCUUGGUUGAAUUAUCUCUGUGUCAUGAGAGGAGCUGGUGUAACUUCAGGCUGCCACACAGGAGGGGUAUUUGGUGCUGGUGACUAACAGGCAAGGUUUGCUGCAGGGUGAUAAGUGGGGCUGUCUGUGCUCUAAAAAUGCUUGGGGUAACGUUUGCAACUGUAACAGCUGAAUAUCUGUAAGGGUAAAAUCAGCACUUAAAAGCCAGUUGCAGCCAGUUCACUGCUCUAGCAGGUACCAUCCUGGCCAGCACCUGUAUUGUUCCAGCAGGCACCUGCCCUCCUGAGUUUUGCAUACAGAUAACCCUCGGUGGGAAGCCAGCAUUGUGCCUCCAGGGGCUGCAGAGCCGAUUGGCUUGAUAAAGCACAGAGUAUUCUCUCAGCCAAGAGACUGGGGCAGGUAACGGGCAAUGUAUCCCAGAAAAGCUUCUACACAGCCUCUGAGUACUCCAUUAACCUGUUGUCUGCCAUAAGGAGCUAGCUAGACGAGAGUUGUGGCAGCAGGAAAUCAGACAUUAUUGUAUUUUCUGAAUUCAGGAACUCAUCUAUGCUGAAGAUUUUCCUGACUAAGCCUGAAGACGUGCCCUUUCCUUAUGUGUGUCAAAACACUAAAUCUGUUAAAACAGCCUCUUUGACUUUGUGGAAGCUGAUUGUUCCAGGGCACUGCUCUGCAAACUGCUGGGUGCAGAUCCCUACUACAGUUAGGGUUAGGAGGAGGUUUUGUGCCCAGGUCACCAGCCAUGAUCUUGAUGUAGGGCUCUUUAAGUCACUGGAACUCUUAGGUGUUCAUGGAGUCUUUGCAGUCUGGAUAGUUGGUAGAGAGCUGUAUUCUCUGGCUGUGCUUGUAAUGAAGACUUCUGAGUCAUGGGAGGCUCUUGAAUUUUGUCCAGCAGAUGAGAGAAAACUUGGCCUCAGGAACCAAUUGUAAGACCAAGUUUUAGGGUAGAAUUUGUCCUUGUCAUACAGUGUGUGGCAUGGCUCAGCUAGGAAGUUUGGUUUUAGCAAAGCUGUUCGUAAGCACUUAGAUUUUAAUUUUUAUUCUUCUCCAUUGACAUCUGGAGGCCUUUUUUCCACUUCGUGUUCUUUCCCACCUGCUGCCUUAUUAAGAGAGGAAGUACAGACCUUUCCUUAUUUUCAAGAAUGGAUUUAUACCAUUUCCACAAAGGAAAAAGUGGGCUGUGGUGUGUGCAUAGCAGUUGUUGCAAAGGAAGCUGUGUGUGUCCCAGAACCCUUGGUUAACUAUGGCUACUCUCCAGGGCUGCUUAGGAAGUGAUCUAUCUAAAGAGCAGGCAAUACGUUUGUUCUUUUCCCUUUCUUACGGUGGAACUUGCAGCAACAGCUCGUCUCCUCCACUAAAAUAGUUUUUCUGGCUUCUGAAUAUCCUAGCUCCAUUUCAAAUAAGGCAUGCAAGCUCUUAAACUUCCAGGAGUAAAGCAAAGGUGUUCUCCUACAGCCAGUAUCCAUCUUGUGCCUUCAACCUGGACUCCUCAGCUGGGACAGGUGUGGCACGUUCCUUAGAGCAUAUGAGUUGGCAUUGGCUACUUCUUGACUUGAAAGUUCUUUCCCUGUAAGUAGAGUAAGGAUGUUUGUUCUCUCUGGAUAGUCUCUACAGAUAUUUCUAAGAUGCCUGUGUUCCCUGAGCUCUGGUCUAGCACUGAGCUAUCCCAAAAACCUUCCAGCACCCUUUUGCACUUCCUGAUGCUGAACUGUAGGUUUGAAAUAGGCUUCUGUUAACCUACCUGUCAAUCAGAGGAUUUGUGCUUGUGGGCAGUUACAAAUCACAGGAAUCCUGUUUUGCUGGGAUUUCAGAUCACUAAUGUGGAAUUAGCAAUCCCAUACUGUCAGCACCUGUCAGGAACGUCCUACGUCUCUCCAUUGCAAAUCUUUUUCUUCUUGCUCGUGUUGAGUGAUGCUGUGUGGAAGGUUCCUUCUCUUCCUGCACAUGAAUAGGGCUCCUUAGAUUGCUUGCCUUGAGCUGGUCAUGUCCUAUUUUAUUUCUGUACACAAACUGCAGCAGUAUAUUUUGCUGUAGGAUGUCUUGUUAUCGCUACUGAGGCCUGGAGUUAGGUAAUCCAGACAAGACAGGCUGAAAAAUCUUGUCAAGGUUUGUCUAAGCACCAGCUGCGCUUUCCCAUGAGAAGAACACUUGCCUUCAGCCUGCUGUCUGCAUCGUCUGCUCUGCCUAUGCAUCUAUCUUACUCAAACGUUUCAGCUGGAAAACACAUCCCUUUCGCUCCUUCAGUAAAGAAUUUUUAAAUGAGGAUGGUGGGUGACCCUGUCAGCUGCUUUAAAGGGAAAUCUCCAUGUGCAAUCACUGUUAUGUAGCCUGCAGAAAGGGAAUUACAAGUUCUGAUGUUUGGAGAUGCAGCAUUUCCCUUCUGCUAAGGACUGAUGCAAAGAAGCUUGUAUUGAGUCAGUCUUGUUCUCACACUUCAGUCACUUAAUUCCUUUCUUACAACACACUGCUUCUGCUCUGGCUCUGGUUGCUUAGUGAUUUAACAAGGAA